UCGCCGCAUGCGCAGGGAAUUAUCAUCAUCUUCGUCAUCCUCAUCAUCUGAUCAUCUUCUUCAUCAUCAUCAGAAGUUGUAGAAGAAAAAAAAAAGCCGAUGAUGAUGAAGAUACGUGAAACCUUUUAAGGGAUAAUCCAAUAUGAUGAUUAUAUUGGAUUUGGAGAGACAAUCAACUUAAUCUUCUCGUUAUGAUGAUGAUGAUGAUGAAAGGAUGAUGAUAGAUGAAGAUAAGGGAUGAGAGAGAGAAAGAGUGACUUUCAUUAUUAAUAAUAUGAUGAUCGUAAUUCCCAUUGAUAUGAUAUGUUAGAUGGACCAACAAUUAAACGAUUGGUAACAAUUAUAUCAAUGGAAUCGCAAUCAACUGAUCAGUUGAUUAAAUAUUCAAGACUGUCCUCUGAUCAUCAUCAUCAUCAUCAUCAAGUUAAUUGUGAUCACAAUGAAUUUAAUCAUAUUGAUCAGCAAGAAAUUAGAUCAUCGCCUACAAUUGACUGUUCAACGAUAUUUAAAAAAAAGUUAAUCAAUCAAUUAGAUUCAAAUGAUUUACUAAUACAAACACCGAAACUUAUUGAUUGUUAUCAGUGUUUCUCUGAGGAUAAUUUUAAUCAGCCGGAUAAUCUUGUAGAUGGAUUAAAUGAAUCAUCUUCAUCAACAAAUCUACACAAUCCAGUAAAUCAUUAUCAUGAUAAUCUAAAUUCAGGAAAACUAUUCCUACAAUUAUCAUCAUCGUCUUCAUCUUCAUCUUCACCAUCAUCAUGUUCACCCUCACCAAAUGAAGGUACAAUCAUUUCAACAUUAAAUCAAUCAACUGACCAUUGGCUACCAAUUGAAUUAACAUCAUCAUCAUCAGAAUUAAAAUCAACAACAACAACAAGUUCAACAUUAAAUUGUCCUGGUUCAUCAAUCAACCAAUAUACCAAUAGUAAUUUUAACAAUAGUAAAUUAAGACGCAAUCAUCAUCAUCAUCAUCAUGAGGAUGUUGGUGAAAGUGGAUUAAGAUUAGAUAAUAAUAACGAUUCAAUUGAAACUCGUUCAAAUGAUUGGAUUAAUAGAAACCAACCAAUUGAUCAACCUAAUCAACAAGGUCAAUCUAACCUUCACCAUCGACCUGAAGCCCAACAACAACAACCACCACAUCUUCAGCAACGUAAACAACAAAGGCGAUUCAGAACAACAUUUACAUCACACCAACAAUUAGAACUCGAAAAGUCAUUCCAAUCAACUCAAUAUCCUGAUAUUCAAACUCGUGAAGAUAUCGCAGUUCAGAUCAAUCUAACAGAGGCUCGAGUUCAGGUUUGGUUUCAAAAUCGUCGUGCUAAAUGGAGGAAGGAGCAACAGCAGCAUCAUCAUCAUCAUCGACAACAACAAGAGAACCACUUUCAUAAGAUGAAUGUAAAUAUUGAAUUAAAUGGUGAUGAAGAUGAUGUCAAUGAUGGUUAUGAUGAUGAUGAUAAUAGUAACGAUAAUAACAGAAAUGACAAGUCAAACAAUCAAAGUAACGCCAAUCAAUCAACCGUAUCUGUUGUUGUAAACGAGUUGUAAAUUAUCAUUAUCGGGUUUUAAUCAUUUCGUAUCAUUUACCCGUCCACCUCUUUUUUUCCCGCUCUCUGUCUUGGUUCAUUUACACAGGUAAUUCAUACUCAUUGGAAGGUAACAAUUGGCGAUGAUAAUAAUCGACCUCCCGAGAAACGAAUCAUUAGUUAACGAAACGAUUCACAUGUGAUUAGAUUGUUGAUCUGUUGAUCUGUUUUUCUGUGUUUUUUUUUGCUUUUGUCCACUUUUUUUUUCUUUGGUCUUUGGUAUUCGAUUGGAUGAACUGACCGUUGGACAAUUUUUAGGUUUAAAAGUGGACAAGGAAGUAAAUUGACAGGAAAUUUAUGAGAAGACAUUGAUUGGUAUUGGAAUUUGUUUUUCUCUUUGGAAAUUAUUUUGAAUGACCUGAGAGAAAAAGAAAGAGACACAAUUAACUAAUUAUGUUCCUAAUCAGUUAUAUUAUUCAGUGGACAUUGAUUGACAAGGUGAUGAUGAUGAUGACCACAACUUAGAUAUAUGCAAAGAUGAUUAGGUUAAGAGUGAGAAGCAAAAAAAUGUCUGCUCACCAAAUGGAUUUGCAAGACAAGAAGAAAGUGAUUAAAGUAACAAUAAUGCUAAUAUAUAAUGAAGAGAGAGAGAGAGAGAGAGAGAUGAAAAUAAAGAUGAAGAUGAUGAUAAAAUAGACAGAAAACUAAUAACUCAGAAAGAGUCAACAUGUUAGCAAAAUGUUUGCAGAAAAAGGAAACUUUGAAAACUUUGGGUCAGUUUAAGGGAAGAGAAAAAAUUUUCUUAUACUAACAAUGGUCAUCGAAGUUUUUUUUGAGUUACUUAGCCUUUGACAUUUAAAGGGGAAAAAAGAUAAAGAAAGAGAGUUAAAUCUUCCUAAGAUGAUGAGAGGGUGGAUGACGAAGUAAAUGGACGAAAGAAGACCACUGAUGAUGCAGAGAGAGAGAGAGAACAAAAAAGGAGGAAUUUAAAUAUAUGACCAUUGGCUAAAAUCUUCUUAACUGAUUAGCUUUAUCCUUAUUACCUGAUGAGCUUUACGAGGAUAAGCUUGACCACAAGUAAGAUUAUUACUCGGACAACAAGUUCCUUUUGCUUAUUGUUUGUUUGUUGUUUUUUUUUUCCUCCACUUUUAUUGUUAUGAUGAUUGUUAUGAUUACCUGAGCGAGUGAAUAACUACCUUGGCCUUUUACUGGACAUUGUAAGAGCCUCGAAGGAGGGGAAAGUCAUUAACGGUCAAGAAUUGGUGAUAACCUUUAUCUACAUGGUAAAAGCAAACGUAUUUUAAUUAUCAAUUGCAAUUAAAUUUUCCUGCUCGUAAUUUAUUUAAUUUAUCACUUCUACCCAACUAAUCAUCUUGAUUGAUUAGGAAAUUUGAAUAUCGGGUUUAAUGUUACCUGAUUGUUUUAAUUGUAGUUGAUUAGUUUAUUUAUAAAAAACGCAAUUCCAUUCAAACGUAGCAUCAAAUUAUUUAACUUUUUCAAUUGGUUAUUUUAUUUUAAUUGUGUCAAUUUGAUUGUUAUUAUUGAUAAUUGUUAACUAUUAUUUCCCUGUUUCAACUUCUCAUCGAUUAUCAUAGUUAAUUGUUCUGAUAUCGUUCUGAUUGUUGUACAAUACUUUUAAUUUGUUAUUCGUUGACUAUGAAGACAUCUAGUGAUUGAGAAUCAAAGUAAAUUGUUAACAACAGUUUCUCUUUGAUGAUUUGUUAAUUGUUUGUUGAGUUUCAAGUUUAAUUUCUGUUUAAUUGUGAAAUUUUUGUCUAUCAACAAGACAAUCAAAUUGUAAUUUGAAGCUGAUUGUUGUUAUUGUUUUAAUUUACUCUUUUCAAUCACCAAUAAUACAACCAUUAUAAUCACCAUUGUAAUUUGAUUAUCAUUAAAAUUAAUCAUCUAUUUCCUUAGGAAAAGUUUUCCUAAUGUUGUUUUCAAUUGUAAAUUGUGUAAUUUACUAAUUGUGGUUAUUGAUAUUCUCAACGAUUGAUUAAUUAUUUAGGUGAUUAACUUUGUCUUGUAACAUCGGCUAUCACAAGUUAACUAGGUAAACUUUUCAUCGAUAAUCAAUGUAACAAUUAAUUACACAAACCAGUAGACAGAAUCAACAAUCAAUUGUUAAUUACUCUUAAGCAAUUAAAAGUUUAAAUCAGUCAAUUUCUAUUAAAUUUUGAGUGGUCAUCCAAAGAGUGGACAAGUUAAUCAACCAACAAUUAACAUCUAUGACUAAGUUUUAGCUUCUAGAUUGAGAUGAUUUAACUAAUGGUCACUGAUUAAUUGACUAAUUUAGG